AGGGCGUGCGUCCCGCGCAUUCUGCAAACAGCUCUGCCCGCGUACACUUCGCACCCGCUUUUCCGUAGUGGCCCCGCAUUUUCCGUAGUCCCCGAGUGAGCUUCCGAUUUCCCGAGCGAAAGCAGCAUGUGGUCGAAAAUUGGCAUCGCCGGAGCCCUGCUCGUAAUGGGUGGCGUUCUAUCCCUCAGCGUGGUGGACAACUUCGCCUACGUGGACCGCUCCCUGCCGGUGGCCAUGCCCAAGGCCAAGGGCCUGGCGCCGAAGGAGUAAGGAUCCUGCGCAUCCUGGGAAGAUCCUGGGGAGCCUGGUGGUCAAAGAGCCAGGCAGUGGAUACCGGAUGGCAGCCGAUUAACCAGUUCCUGCAGCAGGAACCAGUGCUUUGUACUCGGCGGAAGGAAGACCACUGUGGAUAUUUAUUGGCCAACCGACUACACCGGCUUGUCGUUAAUUAACAAGUUCACCGCAAGCGGGAAAUAGUUAAUUUAGGCCCCAAAGCCACUCCCCUCCUCUCUCCCUGCCGAUAAGAACAAUCGUUGAAUUCGUGCACUUCGCUUUAAUUUAUACAAUUUUUUGUAACAUUUUUUUCUAUUUUUUUUUGGUAUAUAAGCUAAGAGGUUCCUAAUAUUUAAGCAAAAUAAAGUGUUUAAGCUCAUUUACCCAAAA